AUGCGUGAUGCUCGACUCCGGAGGGGACACAGCGAGCACCGGAGGGUCUUGGCGGGGCAGCACGGGUUCGGUGUCGGCCACCGUAGCGCAGGCAUCGACUUCACAGCAGUGGAGCUGAGAUCCCCUGCUGCUGGCGUAGUCGCAGCCAAAGUGUCGCGGAGACUAGCGCACGCUCGAGCGUGGUUAGCUGCAGCCAGCCUCGACACGAAAGGCGUGCCGCAUGCAAACCUGCCGUGA